GUUCCGAGAUAAACCAUGAGAAGGCCUUUCCAAAACAGCGAAAGCUAUUUUCAGCCACUAUAGGAUUCUGGCUCCGUAAUGAGCAGUACCAUACGUCGUGGGAAUAUAGUACAUGAUCUCGUGUACAGAUCCAAAAUACCAAGGACGUAUCGUGUCGUUGCUCACCAGGCCACGAGGACGGUGCUGACACAUAAUUCUUUUAUGUAUGUGCCCAGGCUCAGACACCACAAACACCACAGAAAGACUCUAUGAGCAGUCAGGCCUCGCAAUGCAGCAACCUCAACAGCGACAAUACAGUGUCCCACCUCCAGACCAACAGCCUGGGCGUCUACCCUUGCAAGCGACAACAAACCGAACACCCUAUGGCUCUAAAGAUUUACCUUCAGACGCCGACUCUCUCGAUGCAAGACAUUUCGUAAUCAUGUCUGGAGGAACUCUUGUCGCGUCUGUUAGACAGAAGAAUGAAGCAUAUAAAUCAUGCUGAUUUGGAGUCCGAAAUGGCGACAAAGAGUGGGCAAAGUGAGACUCGAGUUCGUCCGCUGUGUCAGUGGUGUUCUG